AUGCCGCUACUGCAGUCGAUGGACCACGCUGAUAUCCUCGCGACGGCGUUGGCGGGCAUGGCCAACCUUCUCGCGUGGGCCAAAUCCGAGGGGUCGCUCCACUCGGUGGCCUCCAACGGGGCGUUCGAGGCGUGCCGAUGCGAGCUCGCGCUCGAUGGCAGCGGCACCUUCGACGAUGUCGUCCAGCUCUACAAGUCGCCGAACGACGCGGCCGCCGCGCUCCACCACGUCCACGUCGACAAGUCCCAAGCACUCUACACGUUUACGUCCAGCUGCCAUGACAUUGCACUGCGCUGGGGCGUCUUCAAGGCGCCGUUUCCGUUCAUGCGCGACCGCAGCGCCACGUACAUUAAAUACACCAAAGAGUUUACCAAUGCUAACGGCCUGCGCGGCUUUGCGCGCUUGAUCAAGUCGCACACGCUCGGCCGCGUCGACCACGCCAACUACGUCCGCGCCAAUAUUCGGUCGUGGGGCGUCGUUGUUGUCGAGACAGCCGACCCCAACGUCCUCCACGUGAGCAGCACGGUCGACAUUGACUGGCACGGCAACACGCCGGCAUGGGUCGCGACCUUGAUGACCUCUCGGCGCACGCAGAGCAUCAAGGCGCUCGCAACCGUCCUCCGCCUCUCCAAGAAGACGGCAACCAAGCACUGCUCCGUGUGCACCAACAAGUCGCGCGCCUUUAACCGGUUUUCGCAGCUCGUGCCGUGCACGGACUGCACCAAGCCCGUGUGCUCGACGUGCCGGUCGAUGCCGAACCGAGGCGAGACAUGCUGCUGGGGCUGUGUCAAAAACAAGGUCGUCGUGCGUCGUCUCUCAACAGCGGGGUUGACGCGGCGCCUCGAUGCAUCGACCCAAUCACCCGAGACGAAGCUGGGGUGGUAUACGCCCAAGCACAUUCCCAACGUCGACGAGUCCAUGUACACGCAGUCGAUCGAGGUGUAG